AUGGAGGAUCACAGCUUCACCGUUUCGGGCGAUGACCCGGGCUUUAAGGACUUCCACGGAAGCUUAAUCGAGGAGAUGGAAGAUUGGCUCUCCAGCGAGGACUUCGACAGUGCCUGGCGCGACUGUUACGACCGUGCAUGCAGAGGAUCUACCGGGCGAUCUGACCGGAACAUCUCAGAGUCGGUUCUUUACCAAACUGCUGCUGCUGUCCAUGGUCAUCUCCCGCACGGCCCGCUGGAGCGGAUGAUCCCCGUGCCUGACGCAGAGUUUGUGCAGGGAGCUUUGACUGCCAUUGGCUUGGAGGAUCCGAGAAGGGCUGGCCUCAAGGAUCUGGAGCACUUCGAGGCAGCAUUGGUGGUGGUCUUCACACAUCUGGCGCACUGCGCCACAUUGCUGGAGAAGCAGAUGCCAGGAAUGGCCGACUGCAUCCUCUCCGGAAAGAUUGAUCCUCGAGCCUAG